AUGUCGUUCGCUCGUUCCGCCGCGCCCGUCCGCACCGCGCUCCGCACCGCCGCCAACCAGCAGCGCGCCUUCACCACCGCCAAUGCUGCCGGCGUCAAGACCGCCGCUGCUGACGACGGCGCCCUCACCUCCACCGUCACCGUCGCCAUCAAGGCCGGUUCGCGCUACGAGUCCGCCCCUGGUGUCGCCCACGUGCUGAAGAACUACCUCUUCAAGUCCAACCAGAAGCGCUCCGCCCUGCGCCUCGUCCGCGAGGCCGAGUUCUACGGCGGUGUCCUCUCCACCGCCCUCACCAAGGAGCACCUGCUGCUCACCGCCGAGUUCCUGCGCGGCGAUGAGGAGUUCUUCGUCGAGGCCCUCGGCGACGUCCUCUCCAAGUCCAAGUUCGCUGCGCACGAGUUCAACGAGGAGGUGCUCCCCCAGGUGCAGGCCGAGUACGCCCAGGCGCAGUCCAACCCCGCCGUGCUGGGCUACGACAGCCUCCUCCAGACCGCCUACCGCCAACGCAGCCUCGGUCACUCGCUCUUCGCCUCGCCCGCCUCGCCCAUCACCCACCGCCAGACCGUCGACUUUGCGCACGCCGCCUUCGCCAAGGACAACAUCGCCGUGCUCGGUUCGGGCAUCGACUCGGCCAAGCUCAACCAGCUCGUCUCGGCCCACUUUGGCGAGCUCGCCGCCUCCGCCUCGGUCUCCUCCACGCCCGCAAAGUACUUUGGUGGUGAGCAGCGCGUAGCCUUCGCCGCCCCUCACGGCGCCGAGAACACGCGCGCCGCCCACGGCCACUUCUUCGUCGGCUUCGAGGGUGCCGGCCACAAGGACGCCGAGGCUUCGGCCAACCUCGCUGUGCUGCGUGCGCUGCUCGGCGGCGAGUCGUCGGUCAAGUGGAGCAACGGUGUGUCGCCGCUCUCGCAGAUCGCCGAGUCCAUCCCCGGCGCUCGUGCGGCUGCCUUCAACCUCACCUUCUCCGACUCGGGUGUGUUUGGCGCGCACGUCUCGGCGCCCUCGGCUUCGGUCCAGCAGGCCGCAUCCAAGGUCGCUCAGGCGCUCAAGAACGUCGCCGGUGGUCUCAAGGAGGAGGCCAUCAAGGCGGCUGUCGCCAAGGCCAAGUUCGAGCGCGCCACCGUGCUCGAGAACCGCACGGCUGCACACGAGCUCGUCUCGGCCCAGCUGCUCGAGGCCGGCAGCGUGGCUACGCUCGAGAACGCCUUUGCUGCCCUCGACGCCGUGAAGCCGGCAUCGCUGUCCAAGGUCGCAGAGAAGCUGCUCAAGUCCAAGCCAACCACCGUGGCCGUCGGUGACGUCCACAAGCUCCCCUACGCCGACGAGGUGCUUUAA